GUGCUUUCCCGGCAGCCAUCUUGGGAGUCUGAAGGACCUGAGGCGUUUUGUGACGAGGGUCGUUUCAGGUCAGCAGACGGAAGAGACUUAGACUUAUCCAGUCUUCAAGGUGCUCCAGGAAGCAGGAGUUGAAGACCUGGGUGUGAGGGACACAUACACCCUAAAAGCACCACAGCAGAGGAGGCCCAGGCAGUGCCAGGAGUCAAGGUUCCCAGGAGACAAACCCCCUAGGAAGACAGGCGACCUGUGAGGCCCUAGAGCACCACCUUAAGAGAAGAAGAGCUGUAAGCCGGCCUUUGUCAGAGCCAUCAUGGGGGACAAGGAGAUGCCUGCUGCUGGGAUGCCGAGCCUUCUCCAGAGUUCCGCUGAGAGUCCUCAGAGUCGUCCUGAGGUGGGGGACUCCCAGUCUCCUCUCCAGAGACCUCCUGAGGGGAAGGACUCCCAGUCUCCUCUCCAGAUUCCCCAGAGUUCUCCUGAGGGCGACGACACCCAGUCUCCUCUCCAGAGUCCUCAGAGUCGUACUGAGGGGGAGGACUCACCGGAUCCUCUCCAGAGACCUCUUGAGGGGAAGGACUCCCAGUCUCCUCUCCAGAUUCCCCAGAGUUCUGAGAACGACGACACCCAGUCUCCUCUCCAGAAUCCUCAGUGUCCUUCUGAGGGGGAGGACUCCCUAUCUCCUCUAGAGAUUUCUCAGAGCCCUCCUGAGGGUGAGGAUGCCCAGUCUCCUCUCCAGAAUCCCACGAGUUCCUUCUCCUCCGAUUUAUUGAGUAUUUUCCAGAGUUCCCCUGAGAGUACUCAAAGUCCUUUUGAGGGUUUUCCCCAGCCUCCUCUCCAGAUUCCUGUGAGCGCCUCCUUCUCCUCCACUUUAUUGAGUAUUUUCCAGAGUUCCCCUGAGAGUACUCAAAGUACUUUUGAGGGUUUUCCCCAGUCUCCUCUCCAGAUUCCUGUGAGCCCCUCCAUCUCCUCCACUUUAUUGAGUCUUUUCCACAGUUCCCCUGAGAGAACUCAGAGUACUUUUGAGGGUUUUCCCCAGUCUCCUCUCCAGAUUCCUGUGAGCCCCUCCAUCUCCUCCACUUUAUUGAGUAUUUUCCAGAGUUCCCCUGAGAGAACUCAGAGUACUUUUGAGGGUUUUCCCCAGUCUCCUCUCCAGAUUCCUGUGAGCCCCUCCAUCUCCUCCACUUUAUUGAGUCUUUUCCACAGUUCCCCUGAGAGAACUCAGAGUACUUUUGAGGGUUUUGCCCAGUCUCCUCUCCAGAUUCCUGCGACCUCCUCCUUCUCCUCCACUUUUUUGAGUAUUUUCCAGAGUUCUCCUGAGAGUACUCAAAGUACUUUUGAGGGUUUUCCCGAGUCUCCUCUCCAGAUUCCUGUGAGCGCCUCCUUCUCCUCCACUUUAUUGAGUAUUUUCCAGAGUUCGCCUGACAGUACUCAGAGUACUUUUGAGGGUUUUCCCCAGUCUCCUCUCCAGAUUCCUGUGAGCCCCUCCAUCUCCUCCACUUUAUUGAGUCUUUUCCAGAGUUCCCCUGAGAGAACUCAGAGUACUUUUGAGGGUUUUCCCCAGUCUCCUCUCCAGAUUCCUGUGAGCCCCUCCAUCUCCUCCACUUUAUUGAGUCUUUUCCACAGUUCCCCUGAGAGAACUCAGAGUACUUUUGAGGGUUUUGCCCAGUCUCCUCUCCAGAUUCCUGCGACCUCCUCCUUCUCAUCCACUUUUUUGAGUAUUUUCCAGAGUUCUUCUGAGAGUACUCAAAGUACUUUUGAGGGUUUUCCCGAGUCUCCUCUCCAGAUUCCUGUGAGCGCCUCCUUCUCCUCCACUUUAUUGAGUAUUUUCCAGAGUUCGCCUGACAGUACUCAAAGUACUUUUGAGGGUUUUCCCCAGUCUCCUCUCCAGAUUCCUGUGAGCCCCUCCAUCUCCUUCACUUUAUUGAGUCUUUUCCAGAGUUCCCCUGAGAGAACUCAGAGUACUUUUGAGGGUUUUCCCCAGUCUCCUCUCCAGAUUCCUGUGAGCCCCUCCAUCUCCUCCACUUUAUUGAGUAUUUUCCACAGUUCCCCUGAGAGAACUCAGAGUACUUUUGAGGGUUUUCCCCCGUCUCCUCUCCAGAUUCCUCAGAGUCCUCCUGAGGGGGAGAACACCCAUUCUCCUCUCCAGAUUGUUCAGAGUAUUCCUGAGUGGGAGGACUCCCUGUCUCCUCACUACUUUCCUCAGAGCCCUCCUGAGGGGGAGGACUCCCUGUCUCCUCACUACUGUCCUCAGAGCCCUCCUCAGGGGGAGGACUCCCUGUCUCCUCACUACAUUCCUCAGAGCCCUCCUCAGGGGGAGGACUCCCUGUCUCCUCACUACUUUCCUCAAAGCCCUCCUCAGGGGGAGGACUCCCUGUCUCCUCACUACUUUCCUCAAAGCCCUCAGGGGGAGGACUCCCUGUGUCCUCACUACUUUCCUCAGAGCCCUCCUCAGGGGGAGGACUCCCUGUCUCCUCACUACAUUCCUCAGAGCCCUCCUGAGGGGGAGGACUCCCUGUCUCCUCACUACUUUCCUCAGAGCCCUCCUGAGGGGGAGGUCUCCCUGUCUCCUCACUACUUUCCUCAGAGCCCUCCUGAGGGGGAGGACUCCCUGUCUCCUCACUACAUUCCUCAGAUCCCUCCUCAGGGGGAAGACUCCCUGUCUCCUCACUACUUUCCUCAGAGCCCUCCUGAGGGGGAGGACUCCCUGUCUCCUCACUACUUUCCUGAGAGUCCUCCUGAGGGGGAGGACUUCCAGUCUUCUCUCCAGAGACCUGUGAGUAUCUGCUCCUCCUCCACUUCAUUGAGUCUUCCCCAGAGUUUCCCUGAGAGUCCUCAGAGUCCUCCUGAGGGGCCUGCUCAGUCUCCUCUCCAGAGACCUGUCAGCUCCUUCUUCUCCUACACUUUAGCAAGUCUUCUCCAAGGUUCCUAUGAGAGUCCUCAGAGUCCUCCUGAGGGGCCUGCCCCAUCUCCUCUCCAGAGUCCUGUGAGCUCCUUCUCCUCCUCUGCUUCAUUGAGCCCAUUCAGUGAACAGUCCAGCAGCCCAGUAGAUGAAGAUACAAGUACCUCAGACACCUUGCUAGAGAGUGAUUCCUUGACAGACAGCGAGUCCUUGAUAGAGAGCGAGCCCUUGUUGACUUACACACUGGAUGAAAAGGUGGACGAGUUGGUGCAGUUUCUUUCCGUCAAAUAUCAAGCGAAGCAGCCUGUCACAAAGGCAGAGAUGCUGACGAAUGUCAUCAGCAGGUACAGGGGCUACUUUCCUGUGAUCUUCAGGAAAGCCCGUGAGUACAUGGAGAUUCUUUUUGGCAUUUCCCUGAGAGAAGUGGACCCUGACGACUCCUAUGUCUUUGUAAACACAUUAGACCUCACCUCUGAGGGGAGUCUGAGUGAUGAACAGGGCAUGCCCCAGAACCCCCUCCUGAUUUUUAUUCUUAGUAUCAUCUUCAUGAAGGGCACUUGUGCCUCUGAGGAGGUCAUCUGGUAUGUGCUGAAUGGAAUGGGGGUGUAUGCUGGGAGGGAGCACUUUGUCUUUGGGGAGCCCAGGGAGCUCCUCACUAAAGUUUGGGUGCAGGAACGUUACCUAGAGUACCAGGAGGUGCCCAACACUUCUCCUCCAUGUUACGAAUUCCUGUGGGGUCCAAGAGCUCAUUCAGAAAUCAUUAAGAGGAAAGUAGUAGAGUUUUUGGCCAUGCUAAACAAUACUGUCCCUGUUAGCUUUCCAUCCUCGUACAAGGAUGCUUUGAAAGAUGCGGAGAAGAGAGCCCAGGCCAUAAUUGACACCACAGAUGAUUCGACUGCCACAGAAAGUGCAAGCUCCAGCGUCGUGUCCCCCAGCUUCUCUUCUGAGUGAAGUCUAUGGCAGAUUCUUCCCUCUGAGUUUGAAGAGGGCAGUCGAGUUUCUACGUAGUGGAGGGCUCGGUUGAGGCUGGAGAGAACACAGUGCUAUUUGCAUCAUUUCUGUUCCAUAUGGGUAGUUAAGGGGUUCAAGUGUUUUACUUUUGGGUAUUUUUCAAAUGUUUUUCCUGUUAGUAACAGGUUUAAAUAGCUUCAGAAUCCUAGUUUAUGAACAUUAGUCGCACAUGUAUUGCUGUUUAUCUGGUUUAAGAGUAACAGUUUGAUAUUUUGUAAAAACAAAAACACACCCAAACACACCACAUUGGGAAAACCUUCUGCCUCAUUUUGUGAUGUGUCACAGGUUAAUGUGGUAUUGCUGUAGGAAUUUUCUUGAAACUGUGAAGGAACUCUGCAGUUAAAUAGUAGAACAAAGUAAAGGAUUGUUAAUAUUUGCAUUUCCUCAGGUCCUUUAGUCUGUUGUUCUUGAAAACUAAAGAUACAUACCUGGUUUGCUUGGCUUAUGUAAGAAAGUAGCAGAAAGUAAAUUGUAAUAAAUAAAAGUGUCAGUGACUCAUUUA